AAAACGUCAAGUUGUAACUCUCGGACGCCAUGAUUGGGAGGCGCGAGGUCGUAAGAGCGAGACGGUUUUACGAUAUUCCAACUGAGAGAAACACCGUCCCCUCAGUCUAGCACGAGCCACCGCUCAGGAGACAGCCCGUCAGGGGAAUUUGUUUAAUCAAGUGAAUGCCUUCGCAAUGCCUGGCCAUCGUCAGCCUCUGUCCCUGGAGGGACUAAGUAUGGGACGUGUGUGCCAGCAGUUGGACGGUACGUGCCGGCGAUUGCAGCUGCUCUCGCAGGAGACGUCCGCUAAUCAAGUAUUAACAUACGCUAAACAGACUAUUCGUCCUUACUACGUUAAUUCACUGCCAGCUGUACUACGAUCGCGUGUCAUAGAGGAGACAUCGAGAAUGCUUUACGGCCCAGCGCCGGAUGGAUCGACAUUGAUAUCAGGCCCUGCACCCCUUUAUCUACUGGCCCUCCUUCUAGGGCCGGACAUCAAGCAGUUGAAGGUCAAUCUGUGCUGUUAUUACGGCUGCAGCCAUCAGACGUCACUCCUGAAGCUCCUUGCGUCCGAGGGAAUUGGUCUGGAGUCCCUGGAAUUAGCCAGAUCUGCCCUUCUGCGUCUCGACUGCAAACUCCUGAAAUCCGCCCUCCAGAGUAUGACAAAUUUGCGAAGUCUCACUCUAAGGAAUAUCGCUAAUGACUCCGUACUUCAGGUGAUUGGUAAAGCUUGUCCAAAGCUCGUUGUCCUAGACGUCGCCUGUUCAAUGCAAGUGACGGACAUGGGGCUUAACAAUCUUCUACUUCAAAUUGAACUCCGUGAUAAACUGCCAACACACCCAUCACCCUCGGAGACGAGCUGGUCAAAGCUGAAGGCCAUUAUCUCGAAGCUCAAAUCCAGGAAGAAGAUCGACAAGCAGGAGAGACAGGGUAUCUUGUUGGAGUACUGCGAGAGGAAGAAUGCCCUCUGCAAUUCUCUCAAGAUCCUCAACGUAGCCAACACCGCUGUCACCAGUGCCGGUGUAUUGCUGGCCCUGGCUCACGUGCCACAUCUGGAAUCGUUGGCUGAUUACAAUCACAUGGGUCGAGUCGUGGAGAUCAUGAACAGGGGUGUAAUUCAACUGAAAACACCUUUCAGUCUGACACAAGCGAGAAGCAGUCGAACAACAGCUGCUAGACUUGAAUUACUCUCUCAGACUUGUCCAAGACUCGAGAAAAUCUUCAUUUCCGAGCCCCUCCAUCCACCCGAAGCACUCAGACUCUUCCCACACGUCACCUCCUUGAGUAUUCAGAGUGUUCCAGCGAGGAAGGAGUGGCUCUCGGGUUUCUACGAUUACUUGAGAACAAAUGGACACAGACUGAGAGAUCUCAGUGUGAGAAUUACUGAGAGCGAUACUCCAGUGCAGUUAGACCUGAGGGAAGUCUUCCAGUACUGUCCUAAUCUCGUGAGUCUCUCCAAGACAGGGGCAGCAGUGGUAUGGUUGGAUGGAUCCGAUCCACCGCCCUUGAGAAAACUCAGGCGAAUACAACUUGGUAGAACUGUCACUGCUCACAGUGUCACGAUGAUCAUAAAACUUUCACCAGUUCUAUCCUCUCUGCACGUCCACAGUUGCUUGGAUCUUACUAAUGAACAUCUAGAAAUGAUUCUAAUGGGCGAUAAUUGUUUACUGAACUGCCUCACGUGUUUCUACAUCUACGAAGCGAGUAAAAUAUCGGCAGGAGUUAUUCUGAAGAUGUUGAAGAGCUGCAGGAGAUUGAGGAAAAUUGGUAAUCUUGCUAAUUGGGGUCUUGAUUGUGAAGGGGUCAAAGUACUCAGAGAAACCCUGGCCAAGGCCAAUUUGGACGUUGAACUGUGUCCCGGGUCGCACUGGUUCUGGAGCAAUUGCAUCCACUGACUUGACCUCGGACUGUCUGGUGUAUCAGUAUUAAUGAGCGGCUUCGAGUCAUCGGCGAUGUUGUUUUUUUUUUUUUGUUGUUAUUAAUCCCGUGUUUUUAUGACGAUUAACUCGAUAUUUCUGGCGGUUUAUGACUAACGGGCUUCGUAUAAUCAUCAUCUCGCAAUAAUCCACAUUAAAAAUUUUGUAUUAUUACGAUGGAUCAUAAUAAAUAUAUAUAACGAUGUGAUUAUUUUCUUCCUAAA